AUGGAGCCGAUUCGCCCUUCAGCCGAUAGCUCUUGCUCGCCAUGCUCCUCGACAUCAAGCUGCUCGUCACCACAAUCCAGAUUCUCCUCAGCCGAUGCCACUGCAGUCAACUCAGCAGCACCCACACGACGCAACAGUGUCUCGAUCAGCAACCUCCUAUCAACAUCCGGCUCUGGCAGUGUUUCUAUCGGCGACAAAUCAGGCAAGUUCGCGCACGAAGGUGUCUCGCCAAAGUGCCUUGCUCAGCGAUUGCUGCAGCAACAGAACCCACAUGAGCGCCCAUCUACUGUGGCAAAAGAUAUCGACACCAGCUCUGACACGCUCGUAGCCAACACUCCUCGUGCGUCCUUCGACAAGCUCGACCGUCCCAAGCUCCUCGACGAAAAGUCCACCCCGUCCUUCGACUCGGGCAAGGACAUCGAGAAAGCUUCUCUCCCAUCAGACUCGGCUCCCGGUCCAGCACCAGAUGGCGGUCUGCAAGCGUGGCUCGUCGUCGCAGGCACCUUUCUGCUCAUCAUGACCAACUUCGGCCUGCUCACCUCCUACGGAGUCUUUCAGAGCUACUACACCUCCCACCAGCUCGCUCACCUCCCCGCAUCCACCGUCAGCUGGAUCGGCAGUCUGCAAACCUUCAUGAUUCUCGGCGGCUCGUUCGUCUUUGGCAAGAUCUCGGACGACUACGGUGGACGAUGGAUCCUCAUCCUCGGCAGCGUCAUUACGUUCAUCUCGAUGUUCUGCGUCUCGUUCUGUUCGACUUUGAUUCAGCUCAUCCUCGUUCAGGGCGUGCUUUUCGGUCUGGGAGGAAGCAUGUUGUUUUUGCCGGGGUGCGCGUUGGUGAACCAAUACUUCGAUAAGCGCAAGGGGACGGCGAUGUCGGUCAUCAUUGGCGCGGCGAGCUUCGGCGGCAUCAUCUGGCCCUUGAUCCUCCAGAGUCUUUUCGACACCCCUCAGAUUGGCUUCCGCUGGGGAGUGAGGAUUGCCGCGUUCAUCCUCGCCCUUCUCCUCACCAUCAGCAACGUACUCAUGCGACCCCGACUGCCGCCUACACCCGCAGCACUGCGUCAACCGUGGUUCCAGGCUUGGACACUGCUCACCUCGGACCCGUCCACCUACACUCUGUUCGUGGUGGGAGUAGCAGUGAUGUUCAUCAACUUCUUCGUGCCCUUCUUCACCAUCGCCUCAUAUGCGCGCAAGGUCGGAUUCUCCGCUUCGAUGGCGACGCACAUGGUGGCCAUUAUGAACGCGGCCAGUCUCAUCGGGCGGUUGGCCUCGGGUCCGUUGGCGGAUCGAUAUGGUCGAUUCAACGUGCUCACCCUCUUUGGGUGUGGUAGCUUCCUCAGUCUGGCCCUCUUCUGGCCCAUCCCUGGGCUGACGUUGACCAAGGCGGGAGUGCUGACGCUGAGCGUGGGCUACGGCCUCGCCAGCGGAGGAGCCAUCGCGACCGUCAGCUCGUGUGUCGGGCAGGUUUCCAAGAAGAACGCCGGCGCGAGGUUGGGGUUGACUUGGACCAUGGCUGCCCCCGGUGCACUGGUGGGACCUGUCAUCUCGACCACCCUCGUCAGCCAGAUGCAUGGCAGAUAUACAGCGCUAGCCAUCUGGGCAGCAGGAACUACUCUGGUGGGCACACUCAUUAUCGCAAAAGUCCGAUUCAAUUUGUCGCAGGGCAGGUGGAUCGCCCGCGUCUAA